CUGCACCAGAUAAAAAUGAAAUUUUUAUAUAUUUUACUAUCAUUUGGUUCCUUGGUGAAUGUUUUGGUAGCUUUAGAUGAAUAUUCAAAGCAGGUUAUUACAACAACCCAACAGAUGUCUGAAACAAAAACUACUUUGCCGUAUUUAAUUCAAGACUUUGUUCACUCUGGAUUAUUUACGAUUGUGGAAUUAGGACUAAUAUUCGCAGUACCGGAUGCCGAAGACAACGACGUGAAAGAUUACAUAAAGCAACAAGACGAAAACAGUCACAUAGAAGACUACGUACGUUCAAAAAAGAUAUACUACCAGAGAGUUGUGCAAAUAAACAUAUUGGAGCGAACAAAUAUCCCUGCACCUCAGAUAGACGAAGACAAAUUUAGAGACGCUAAUCUAAGAGCUCUUGGAGACGAAAGAAGAAAGAUAACUUUAGAAGCUAUACGAUUGUUAAUCCUCGACGUAAUAAAUGGAAAAAAUAGAAAUUUUAGAAAAUUUUCCGACAUGUGUUGUUUAUUAGGGGUGUUCAGAAGUAUUAAAGAGCCAACUUCAUUUAUAGUAAAUACCAAGUUGAAUGCAACGGGAUUGUGUUGCCUAGUAGAUAAAAACGAAAACGUUAUCAAAUACUAUACAGUCUUAGGUAGGAUUUGGGAGGUUACAGGCUUUCUAAACAGUACUUUACUCUCCGAUCAAAUAAAACCAGAAGCACAACCAGAAGUACAACCUGAAAUACAACCACCAACACAAUAACUUGGGCCAGGAAUUAUGAGGACAACUUUUUUUUUUUAAAGUAAUAAUAUUAUUACUAUAUUUUUGUAUAUCUUCUUAUAAAAAAAGUUGUCAAUAAAUUUGAAUGUAUAUAAAAAUAAACAGUUUCAA